AUGAGGUACUUAAUGCCCGAUUUUCACACUUCGCUCGCAAAUAGAUUUGUUGCAGCCACUCUGCACCAAACAUAUUAUAUUUCAUUUUAUAGUGCGACUUCCCCUUUAACUAUUCAAUCACGAUCUUGCUUCACAAACACUGUAUCUCAUACUAAUAUGUAUCAUGGUCACUUUAACCACUAUACAAAUUACAUCAGGCCCAUGUUCAGACUCUCAUUUGCAUCACUUAUAUGCAAUAAUUACACAUUUACAUCGCUAGCCACAAACCAUAGAUUAUUUUCCACCACCAAGGUCAAGUCUAGUCAGAGUUCAAAGAAAAAGUCUGUUAAUAAGGUGGAUAAAUCAGCAAUUAAUGUUAUAAAACCGCCUGGGUCGCAGAAACAAUCACAACCUGCAAGUCUCAGUAGCCCAACGGGUAUAAUACAAGAUUUAGUUUCGGGGAAUGGAUCAACUAAAUCAAGCGUUGGAAAACCACAUAAACCAGUAGUCCCUAUUUUGUAUUAUACAGCAACUAAAAGGGCAACCGAGUCUGUAAACCAUCGACUCUUCUAUAUCAAUGUCCUUUUUAUAAUAUUCCUUUAUGACAUUGGCACUGGGCUUAUUGAUUACUAG